CGCAGCAGCUUCAAACGCAGAGAUGCAACUUGCGGCUUACAAUAUAAAAGCACUUGGGCUCGGUGAACGGUUCAUCAGUUAACAGUUUGUUGUUCAUCGAUUGAAUUGUUUGGUGAAGUUGUUUAGUGAAAGUUACAGAAAUGAAUCAAUACUUUGUUGCUGUUUGCAUCGCUGCCAUUUUGAGCCAAAUUGAGGCCUUCACGCUCCAGCAGCGCCAACAAGGGGACCUCUUCGCGCUGGAAUGCCUCCGGGAGACGGCGGCCAACCCGGUGUCGGUGGCCCUGCUCAAGAUCGGUGACUUUUCCGCCAGGGACGAGGCGUCCAAGUGUUUCGUGCGUUGCUUCUUCGAGAAGGAAGGCUUCAUGGACGCCCGCGGAAACGUCGAGACGGAAAACAUCGUGGCCGCCCUGUCCAACGAUUAUGACAAGGUGAAGGUUGAGGCGCUGAUCGACCGGUGCCAGGUUGAGGGCCGGGAGGCGUGCGAUACGGCCUUCCAGAUGUACGAGUGCUUCUACCGGAACCGGGAAAGUCUGUAGAUGACGUGAGUGUGUGUGUGCCAAAAGUGGGCGGUGCGUGUCUCCUCUGUCGGAAAUAGAUUCAUUCAUGCGAAAAUAAAAAGGGUUAAAAUAGUGAACCAGUUUUGGGUUG